UGUCAAAAGCUUUUCAAAACAGCUGAUUAAGCGCAUCAACAACAUAAACCUUAAGCCAAAUUAAAUGAAAUUCAUUUCAAAAAAAUGAUCACACAAGAGUUCCAAGCCAUUGUUUUCGCUGGUGGACGUGGUUCGCGUUUACCAGAAGUGUUAGGAGAUACCCCGAAGUGUUUAUUAACGGUGGGGCCUUAUCCGCUCUUAUGGUAUCCAUUAAAUUUGUUGCACCAACAUGGAUUUCAAGAAGCAAUUGUUAUAGUUUUGGAAAAUGAGAAGAGCGAAAUUCAAGCAGCCAUGGAGCGCACUCCUUCCAAGCUUAAAUUGGAUUUUGUUUGCAUACCGAGUGACAGUGAUUUUGGGACAGCCGACAGUUUACGCUAUAUUCAGGACAAAAUCAAAGUGGAUUUUCUGAUAUUAAGCUGCGACCUUAUCACAAAUGCCAAUUUGUUUCCACUAAUUAAUAUAUUCCGGCAACAUGACGCGGCUUUGGCAAUUUUACUCUUUCGAGGCGGUUUUGAACCAGAUGUUACUUUACCCGGGCCCAAAUCCAAACACAAACCAGAACGUGAUUUAAUCGGCAUAAAUCCAGAGACUAAACGUCUGUUAUUUUUGGCAGCUGCCAGUGAUUUUGAAGAAACUGUAAAUAUUAACGCUCAUCUGCUGCGCAAAUAUGAUAAAAUGACUGUACACUCACGUCUAGUCGAUGGACAUGUUUACGUUAUGAAAAAGUGGACUAUUGAGUUUCUGAAAAAGAAAGAACAUUUCUCUACCCUGAAAGGCGAAUUCCUGCCGUAUAUAGUUAAAAAGCAAAUGGCUAAAUCAGGCAAGCCAAACGUGAUCCCAACAACGAUUAUGGACACACAAUCCGAUUUAGGUUUAAACCGCAAAGGAGAGGACAGCAUAUUUAGCCUUAUACCGCAUGCUAACCUAAACCAGCAAGUUUUAAAAACCACUCUCUACAAUGACAAUAAAUCAAAACCUUUGUAUAACGGCGAUUUGUUACGUUGUUAUGCUCUGGAAGCUGCUAAAAACUCGUUAGGGCUGCGUGUUAACACCACUUUUAACUAUUUUGCUAUAAAUCAGAAGAUCUCUUCCGUGUGGCCUUUUCUGUGCGCGAAUCAAGAUCUUGCUUUAAUUUCUCCAAGCGCGCUCGUUAAUUCAACACAAACAAAUGAAAUAUCGGCAGCCGACAAUGCCAAAUUAAGUGAAAAGACUUCCUUACAUUUUAGUGUUUUCGGACCUAGUUGUCACAUCAAACCUAAAAAUGUUAUCAACAAGUCUUUGAUUAUGGCCAAUGCCUUAGUUGAGGAAGGUUGUAACAUUGAAAACUGCAUUAUUGGACCCAAAGCUGUAGUGAAGACGGGCGCCAAGCUAAAAAAUUGUUUAGUGGGUGCUAAUUAUAUUGUAGAAGAAAACUCAACACUAAGCACUAAGCAUUUAAUACACGCUGAUGGCUUUAUGGAAAUUGAUAUACAAUGAAUUGAUAAAAGCGCAUUUAUAAUAAUGAACUGU